AUGGCACUUCGUCCGUCCACUGCUCCACAGCGUGUCCCUCUACCGUCUCCUCCUGCGUCCUCCCUUGCUGACGGUCCGGACCCUGAGUCUGACUCUCUUCGUGCUGCUAGUCCUACUAUCACGCGUCUCCUGGCCACUGUUGUUACUGACCCUUCCUUUGAGUCCACUGCUGCGUCUGUCUUGGUUGCUGGGCUUGUCGACUUUGCUGCUCACUGUCGUCUAGACUACGCCGCUAGUCUUGUUGCUGAGUCUGAGCCUAUCUGUCCUCCGUCCGUCGGGGGUGAGUGUGCUCUUAGCAUGGACGUCCUUGAGGACAGGGUAAAGCGGCCGCCGGGUUCUCCGCCUGUCUUCAAGGCGCGUUACGUGGCUCGAGGCUUCAGUCAGCGGCAGAGAUUUGACUACUUUCAGACCUUCGCUUCCACCCCAAAGAUGACCAAUGUUCGGGUGCUGCUGCACGUCGCUGCUCAGCGAGACUACGAGCUUCACUCUCUUGACUUCAGCACAGCCUUUCUGCAGGGCAGCCUGCACGAGAUCUGGCUGCGCUGCCCACCUGGCUUCACUGGGUCGUUUCCUCCUGGUACCCAGUGGAGCCUCCGGCGGCCAGUCUACGGUCUCCGCCAAGCGCCCCGUGAGUGGCACGACACACUGAAGACUACGCUUGCGGCUCUUAGGUUUGCUCCUUCUACUGCCGACCCGUCGCUGUUUCUGCGCACUGACACUACUCUGCCGCCGUUCUACAUCCUCGUGUACGUCGACGACUUGGUCUUUGCUACUGCUGACACUGCUGGACUGGCCCACGUGAAGUCGGAGCUGCAGAAGAGACACUCGUGCACAGACCUUGGUGAGCAGCGCAGCUAUCUUGGCUUGCAGAUCACCCGGGACAGAGCACGGCGCACCAUUCCCCUGACUCAAUCACACAUGGUGCAGCAGGUCCUUCAGCGCUUCAACUUCACGUACUCCUCGCCUCAGGCCACUCCUCUGCCAACUCGCCACUCGCUCUCAGCUCUGCCUUCGGAUGAGUCCGUAGAGCUGAGUGGCCUAUACCCAGAGCUUGUUGGCUGCCUCAGGAGUUAUGCUGGCUCACCUACCUGCUGA